AUGCCUCCAAAAUUUGAUCCAAGUGAAGUUAAAUACUUAUAUUUAAGAGCUGUCGGUGGUGAAGUUGGUGCUUCUGCUGCUUUAGCUCCAAAGAUUGGUCCAUUAGGUCUAUCUCCAAAGAAGGUUGGUGAAGAUAUUGCCAAGGCUACCAAGGACUUCAAAGGUAUCAAGGUCACCGUUCAAUUAAAGAUCCAAAACAGACAAGCCACCGCUUCUGUUGUUCCAUCUGCUUCCUCUUUAGUUAUCACUGCUUUGAAGGAACCACCAAGAGACAGAAAGAAGGAAAAGAACGUCAAGCACUCUGGUAACUUACAAUUAGAUGACAUCAUCGAAGUUGCUAGGCAAAUGAGAGAGAAAUCUUUCGGUAAGAACUUAGCUUCUGUUACCAAGGAAAUCUUAGGUACAGCUCAAUCUGUUGGCUGUCGUGUUGACUACAAAAACCCUCAUGAUAUCAUCGAAGCUAUUAACGCUGGUGAAAUCGAAAUUCCAGAAAACUAA